AUGGCUCUCAAGCGAAUUCAGAAGGAACUUCAAGAUCUUGGAAGAGACCCACCCGCUCAAUGCUCUGCUGGGCCUGUCGGUGAUGACUUGUUCCACUGGCAAGCUACCAUCAUGGGACCUCCUGAAUCACCAUAUCAGGGAGGAGUUUUCUUUCUGACCAUUCAUUUCCCAACAGAUUAUCCUUUCAAACCUCCUAAGGUUGCAUUUACAACACGUAUAUACCAUCCUAACAUUAACUCGAAUGGAAGUAUCUGUCUGGAUAUUCUUAGAUCGCAAUGGUCUCCAGCUCUGACAAUAUCGAAAGUAUUGCUUUCUAUCUGUUCACUGUUAUGUGACCCAAAUCCAGACGAUCCUCUAGUGCCAGAGAUUGCUAGAAUCUACAAAACUGAUAGAGAUCGCUACAACCAGCUGGCUCGUGAGUGGACCCAGAAGUACGCCAUGUGA